AUGAGCGUUUUGUGGUAUCUGCCUCUUGCAACAGCAAUCUCGUCAUCAUACGUAGCUCUUCUAUACACGUUUGAUUAUGGUGGUAUGGAUCGUGAUAAUCCAGAAAGUAUCAAACGGCGCUUACUUGGUGCCACUGUGAAUAAUGUUGCUAGUAUUGCGUGCACAUAUAGCGUUCUUUACAAGCAUCACGAAUCGCCGCUGUCCACAAUGGGCAUACAUACCCGAGGCAUCUAUACAGCAUGUUUGUUACCCACAAUACUGACUUGUAUAUGCUAUUUGGGUAAUUGGGUAAUGAUGUAUAUUGACAAUAACCUGCGAUGCUUAUUUCAUUUGAAUGAGUUGAAGCGAAAUGCAUCAAAUAUCAUAUGGAUUCGAAAUAUAUUAUUGGCACCUGUAACAGAAGAAGUAGCAUUUCGUGCUUGUGCUUCAACUUUAAUUUUACAAUGUCUUUCAUCUACUACUACUAUAUUUGUUGCUCCAAUACCAUUUGCGCUCAGUCAUUUACAUCACAUUUUUGAUGAUAUGAAAAGAGGAUAUAGCAAAUAUGAAGCGAUGAGCCGAAGAACAUUUCAAAUGUCAUACUCUUAUCUCUUUGGUGCAUACGCGACAUUCUUGUUUGUUCGAACUGGAAAUAUAUUGGCACCAAUUAUAAGUCAUUCAGUAUGCAAUAAUAUGGGAUUACCACUUUUUUUUCUAAUCAAAACUUAUCCAAAACGCUCAACGCGUGCCAUUCUUUGGUUUUCUUACGGUACAGGGUUUAUUUUAUGGUUAUGGUUGUUGGAACCCUUUACAAACGCGAAACUUUACAGAUGA